CGGGACGGAAGCCUCUGUCGGAUCGGCUUAUCAUGCUUUCAACUACUUGGCUAGCUAUUCUACUUCUCUGCGUCAUGAGCGAUGGCACUCUGGCAGAUCAAGAUUAUGAUGAGGACGAUUCGGACCCUUGGAUUCCGCCAGAUGAUGGCCCGUACCUUGGGCCACCGCCAGACUACGCCGACCCCUACUGCUACACGCCAUGGUUUCAGUACACCAUAUUCAGACCAAGUGUUCUGACGACGAGGAAUUGUCUUGCUGUCUGCGACAGAGAGGUGCGUCUCCAAAUGAUACUCGCUGAAGAAACCGGCAGGGACUUGUGCCAUCAUGUGGAGUACGAUAGGAAAGAUGAGGCUGUUGAGUGGGACGUACUUUUUGGAAAUGUCACUGCAAAGCUUGUCGACGACUCUCCUACUUGGCAGAAUCUGACCAAGAAAUAUCAACAUCGACAGAUUCAUUUACCUGGUAUGCCAGCAUUGACGUCAAGAGUGAGGGAAUUUGGUUGCUUCUGUAGAUUGACAGUUGUUGUCAAUCGGGUGCCGAGAACGCAAGAUAUGUAUGGUGAGAACAAUCCUUAUCGAACGAUGUGCAAACUCCCUGCCGUUGCAAAGCGACUCCUCUCAGUUGAUUGGCUUUUUGAAUCAAUGGGCGUGGUUGGGCUUCCGUCUAAGUGUGGAGUUGCUGUUAAAGAUAUUCCAUUGCGGCAAGUGGUUGGUUCUGUUGUUUAUGAUGAUCGGAAGACGGAGCAUAACAAUAUGCUAACGUCGGCCAAUAUGGGGAGAUUCAUAUGAACGCAGAGAGAGUCACAAGCUGUAUUUCAUGUCUGAAAGAUGAAGAUCACUCACAACUCACGAGAGAUCCAUAGACUACAGGCUACAGUACUCAUUAACAUCGAGGCAAGACCAUAUGCCAUUUGCUGUAACCGGAGAUUACCGCUAGAAGACUAUGAAGUAUGCUGCAACUGCAGCUAAAAAGAUUGAACAACGAAGGGUCGAGUCAAGACACCGUUGGGAGACAUCUAUUGCAAUACGGGAAAUUUCGACGGCUAGUAAACCGUGAUGAACGAAAGACUGACGCAAUGAGAUAAACGGGCGACAACCGAUAGAAUAUGGCGCUGGUGACAAAAGGGCGAUGAUUGACGCGCAGUAAACCGGUGAUUAACGGAUGAGGACUGGCGAUCGCUGAUGACUAGCACGCAGCGAGCUACAGGUGACGAGCUAGGGCUUUGCAUGGAUUAGGGAUAGCUCUAGAGCAAGCAAGGCUUACAAUGUAC